AUGGCGGAGUUGUAUUGCACCUCGUCGGGGCCUUUCUCCAGGAGGACCGCGAAACAGAGGAGGGCCUUGGACUCGGUGAUGCUCCUGCAAAUAGCCGGGUUGCCCUUGGCCAGCAGCCACAGCGCCUUGGCCGCCAUCGCCUUCAUGGUGGCCUUGGUAGCCGGGUCCUCAAACUCUCUCCCUUUCAGACUCGCCCCCGACAGAGAUAUCUGCUGCUGGCUUUGA